CCCCCCCCCCUUUUUAAUUCGGCGCUGCUUGCGGUUCGUGCCCUGACGGCAACUCAGCAUUGCCCCCCCCGAUUUUGUUUUUUGCUCCCCGUUUACACGCAGUUUGCUCAGCCAUUUUAUUAUAUUUUUUUUUUCCUUCCCCGAGUAUGUAGCAAAUAUUGAAAAGAAAAGAAAAGAAAGGAAGAGGAAAAAAAAAGAAAUUCAGAUGUUCUUUUUGCUCGCUUUGAUGCUCACGAACCGUCAUUUUUAGAAGCAAGAAAUAGAAGGAAAAAAAAAAACCAACCAACAAACCCCGAAGUUUUCUCCCUAAGGACCGAGACCAUUCCACAAACUGAAGUGCUGCCAGCAGCAUAUGCUUUUUGCAAGAAUAAUUGAAACCAUUAACUGGAGAGCACAGAAUUCUUUUGAACGUCUGCCAGUUAUUUGCAAGUAACUUCGGCAGUGGCACAAAAUAUAACACUUAUAUUUUAACUUCUACAAUUGCACUUUUAGGAGCUGGCCUCUAAUUUGAUUUUCAGUUGUUCUGAUAAGAUUUCUAUUUUAUGAUUGGCUUUAUGUUUAAUUCUUGUUUAAACAAACACGAUUUGACUUAAAUGAAAACCUAAGUGCUGAUGAAUAGGAGUUCUACCAAAGCAACAAGUUAGUUAUUUCUUCACGUUUAACUUGAAUUCACUUUUUUACCCUUUUUUUAAAAAAAAAAAGAAGAAAAAAAUACUAAUAAAAAAAAAAAAGAUCAGCAGUAAAUAUUGCCCUGAAGAAGGGCGCGAUUGCUUGCAUUAUAAUUUUUGGGUUUUUUUUUUUUUUUAAUAUGGCUGUAAACGUUUCCCUGGUUCGUGACACAAAAUGGCUGACGUUAGAAGUGUGUCGAGAGUUUCAGAGAGGGACUUGUUCUCGGUCUGACGCGGAGUGCAAGUUCGCCCAUCCGUCACGGAGUUGCCAUGUGGAAAACGGUCGAGUUAUUGCCUGCUUUGACUCCCUAAAGGGCCGGUGUACCCGAGAGAACUGCAAAUAUCUCCAUCCUCCCCCACACUUAAAAACACAGCUGGAAAUAAAUGGACGCAACAACCUGAUCCAGCAGAAGACAGCCGCAGCCAUGUUCGCUCAGCAGAUGCAGUUCAUGCUCCCAGGCACGCAGCUACAGCCCAUUACGACGUUUCCUGUGACUCCAUCGCUUGCAACAAGCCCCACGAUGGCUUUUAGUCCCUACCUGAGUCAUGUUUCUCCUGGGAUGGGCUUGGUUCCUGCAGAGCUUUUACCAAAUACUCCUGUACUGGUUUCCGGAAAUCCUACUGUUACGGUACCGGGAGGCUCUGCUGGGCAGAAACUGAUGCGUACGGAUAAACUGGAGGUUUGUCGAGAGUUUCAGCGUGGAAAUUGCACACGUGGUGAGAAUGAUUGCCGCUAUGCUCACCCUAUAGAUAUUGCAAUGAUAGACACAAAUGAAAAUACUGUUACAGUUUGCAUGGAUUACAUCAAAGGUCGAUGCUCUAGGGAGAAAUGCAAGUACUUUCAUCCCCCUGCACACCUGCAAGCCAAAAUCAAGGCAGCUCAACACCAGGUGAACCAGACAGCUGCAGCUGCAAUGGCCCUGCCGCCUGGUGCACUUCAACCUUUACCAAAGAGGCCAGCACUUGAAAAAAACAAUGGUGCCACCACAGUCUUUAACCCAAGCGUUUUCCACUACCAACAGGCUCUAGCCAACAUGCAGUUGCAACAGCCUACAUUCAUCCCUACAGGGUCAGUUCUGUGCAUGACACCCACUGCAAGCGUUGUGCCCAUGAUGCACGGUGCUACGCCCACCACUGUGUCUGCAGCAACAACUCCUGCCACCAGCGUCCCCUUCGCUGCAACAGCUACCGCCAAUCAGAUAUCCCAGUUAUCAGUAGAUGAACUGAGUAGCAGCAUGUUUGUUUCACAGAUGUAGAAGUUCCCGAUAGAACACAGAACCAUGUUGAAAUUCUGAACAGUAAAAUUAUGGAGCACCAGGACUUCUUGGUGGGAAGCUGCGCAUGGCCUUUCUGUAUAUACCCCCUCUUCCCUCUCUCGUUCCCUACCACCUCGACAGUAAGCCUGUUGCAGCCUACAUGUUAACCAAAAACUGAUCAAUGGGAAUGUCAAAAAAAAAAAAAAAAAAGCACUAUAGAAACAAUUAACAAACAGCGCUCUGUUAUAUGAGAUAUACAAGUAGAAAAUUAUAAUAGACUUUUAUAACACAUUACUUUAACACACUUAAUCAUUUUAUGACUACCAUCCUGAGAAGUGCGUCUGCACAGCGGACUGUUGGUUUACUGUAUACUAUCGAUGGAUAAAUGUUUGUCUUGUUUUUAAAGUGUUAUCUUACUGUUUUGUUUACAUCAUAGUCUAUUGAUUUGUUUUAAAGUGUACAUCAUUAUCAAGUAUACUCAAUACCAUUUUUUCAUUAUUGUUAUGUCUUAAGUUUUCAUAUACUGUAGGUUUUGUGGGGUUUUGGUUUGUUGUUUUUUUUUUUUUACUAAAAAUGUUAUUGUGGGAAACAGGAAUUAUGUGCUUGAAAAACACGACACAGGAAUGUUCUGCCCUUUGCUGGAUUUUGCUGUUAAUGUCAGCUGGUGUUAAACGCUCCUUUUAUCAUUGAAAAUUUGCCUUCAGUCAGAGUCUCCAAAUUUUUAGUACAAGUGAUAUGAAAGGAUAUGAGAGGACAGCUAUCAUUUUAGUCCAGUUCAGGGUAUUUGUUUCCAUACAACGAGCUGAUUCUGGAAACUUUUGGCAAAAAAAAACUCACAAAAGGCCAUGCUCAGUGAGGGACAGGAAGGAUUUGCUCAGGCUGUGAUGGGCACUGAGGGGUUUCUGCAGUUCUCUUGUCCAUUGAAGUGCAUUCUCAGCUGCAAAUGGCGCACAAUCUCUCUUGCUGUUCUCAUGGUGCAGUCCAAAAGAAAACAAAAGUGAAAAUAAUAGGUGGUGAAGUGAGAGAGCUUCAGUUGGGCAAGGGCAACGCCAGGCGUUAGCUGGAGCAGACCCACGGCCGUGGUACCCUGCCCGGGGGCUUGUCUCCACUAACCAGGCUGAAACAUUUCCACCUGAAAUCUUAACGUGGCUCUUCUUGGAAUUUUGUCAGCGUGCACUGAUUAUUAAUCAGCGUUUUCCUUAAGUGGGUGAUUUUGCCCCAUGAUUUCUGGCCCUUUAAAGCAAACACAGCAGCAGCAGAGCAGGAAAAGGCUCAACGUAAGCUUUCUGCCGUAGAUAAACAUUCACCUUAACGGAGCUCUGGUAGGUCAGUGGAUGUAUUUUGGCACCUUCUACUUGAUCAAGAGCAAUGUUUGCCACACAACAAGGGCUAGUUCUCAAUACCUCCUUUUCAUAUGCACCAAUAAGACGAUUUCCAGCCCCUGCACCCUGGACAGCCCAGCCUGUCGUCACGCUACGUUGCUGAACAAUCUGGCUGCAGAAUGCAUUUUGGUUGAGGAUAUAGCCACGUUCAUCCCUCUCAUAGCUCUACAGUAUCAUUGGCGUUGUGGAAGAGAUGGAUUUGCUCCGGUAAAUCCAUAAACUCUGUUCUAGAAGAAAGAGAAUAUUGUUAUUGAAUCCAAGCGAGAGGCCAGUUCCCGGUGUCUGGAGGACUGGCCACCCUGAGAUCACAGUGGUCCUGUAGGGUGCCAAAUUUUGACAAGCAAGUUGCAUUUUCUUUUCCAAGUUCCUUGGCCUUGGUUAGAGUCUUUCCUUGCCCCCUGUCCUCCCUCCAGUGUGAGCACAGGUUGUUUGCUAGACGUGUAUGUCCAUGGACCACAAGUGAUGGAGGGACAUCUAGGGCACAGCCAGCCUGUCCCAGGGCGGGUGCUGACCCUCUGCCCAUGGAGACUCCUUCCUAGUGAGAACCUGUGAGGAGUCCCUAGCUCAAAAAGACCUUGAGGCAGAAGGAAUCUCUCCGUUCAUUCCAUCAGGCUUUGAACCAAACCCUGAGAGAGGGGAAAAACCAUCCCCCCCCAAAAUAAACCCCCUCUCCUUUAUGAACCCCGUGUUUUGCCCGUCGCGUCCGUAGACGUUCCCCAGCCCCCCGUGCUCACACGCAGCAGCGUUGCCCAAAAUCAGAGACUCUCGUUUGUCUCGGCGGCCACAUACCUGUUCUUUUCACCACUGAGUUUCUGUUUCCCAAAAACCAUAACGUUGUUAGUGGAAAAAGUGGAUUUGAGUACUUCCUGUUUGAAAUUAUUUGUGUAUCAAAAAUGGGUUUUGCACAACCUGUGCCAGUGCCUCAACAAAGAACAGAGCUGAUCUUCUUAAGCCAGAAAGGAUGCAUUCAAGCUUGUAUGGCUUUAUGAGUUCAAGGAGGUUGGAAUUUUUUUCAGUGCUAAAUGGAUUUUUGUAUAUCUUGACACUUUGAUGUAACCUCCUGUUUUAUUUAUCGACUUAAACAUCUGGCAUAGAUGUGCAUAGAAUGUAAACCUAGAACACAGCUGUUUUCAUGUCACAUUUAAAGCACUGAAAAAAAAAAAAAAGGAUUUAAGGAUUAUUUUUUAUUAAAGAGGUCCAAUGAGGGAUGUUCAGGGUAGUUAUAUUAGGUGCCACAACAGUUUUUAUAUUGCUGGCAAAUUUAGAGUUAAUUUGUAAAUGAGUUUAAGGAAAGAAAAGCUUGAAGCACUAAACUUCACCAAAUUCAAAACAAUCUCGGCAAAAAUGCCAUUUUGAGGUAGCACUAUUUAAACUAGUUGUGCAAUGACUUGCUCUAAUUUUCUUUGUUCAAGAAAGAAAAGAAAAAAAAAACAGUCGCCAGACUAUAAAUUUCCUAAAUAGACUAUUACAAAGUCACCGAGCUAGUUAGUGACUCUAAACAAAUGUCAUAAAAGCAUGAAUAUCAUCCUUUAUUUGACAAGAGAUGUAUGUAAGUUUGUUUAAAUCGAUAUAAUUUUAGUGACAUUUUUAUAAGCUUCCCACUUUCUGUGAACCUAUAUUUUUUAUUUAUCCAAAGUUAUUUCUCUUUGUCCAUUUCUCUCAGCCUUAUGCAAACAAUAUGCAAGAAAUGCUGAAACUUGGAUAAAACGGGUCAUGCAGAGGGAAAAUGAAAGCUGAGAUUGAUCAUUUUCACGAGAAAAGGUUGUUAGUAGUUUCAAUAAAAAGUACUACUACUAAACUGUAACAUAACCAGACAAUAAAAGAGGGAUUAAAAAUAAAAUGGAUUCAUAAAACUAUUAAGAUUAUUUUUGUUAAAUACAGUGUUUCUAGUAAUUUGGAACAUGAUUUCACAAUCAGCCGUGGUGGUUUUUGGUUGUUUGUUUUGGUUUGGUUUUUUUUUUUCAGUUGGGGAUUUCUAGCUGAUGAUUUUUUGACUGUGUUAUUUUUUGCCUCGCAAUGUUCUAGUGGAGCUUUAUCUGCCCCGGGGGCACCCCCAGGCGCUUCUCCUCCCCUCUGCCACCUCCCACCCACGGCGGGCACCGCGCUCCGGCUCCUCCUGGGCCACCGGGCUCCGGGUGGCCGUGGAGAUGGGCUGGUGGCUGGUGGGUGCAGGUGGCCCCAGGAGCUGUCGGGUGAGAUGUCUUCUCCUGCGGCGCUGGGGGCUGCCGGCCGGGCUGGUAGAGUCGCUCCGGGACGCGCGGGUCCGCCGUGAUGGAGAAACUGGAGUCCUGGUUUUGUUUAUCCCUUGUACAUUUCACAGACAUGACAAUUGAGGAAAAAAAAAAAAAAAAAAAAAAGGAAAAAAAAAAAAAA